CUGUCCGCAGUCUCUGGUCAUCCCCUGUGCUGUCCGCAGUCUCUGGUCAUCCCUGUGCUGUCCGCAGUCUCUGGUCAUCCCUGUGCUGUCCGCAGUCUCUGGUCAUCCCCUGUGCUGUCCGCAGUCUCUGGUCAUCCCCUGUGCUGUCCGCAGUCUCUGUCUCUGGUCAUCCCCUGUGCUGUCCGCAGUCUCUGGUCAUCCCUGUGCUGUCCGCAGUCACUGGUCAUCCCUGUGCUGUCCGCAGUCUCUGGUCAUCCCUGUGCUGUCUGCAGUCUCUGGUCAUCCCUGUGCUGUCCGCAGUCUCUGGUCAUCCCUGUGCUGUCCACAGUCUCUGGUCAUCCCUGUACUGUGUCCGCAGUCUCUGGUCAUCCCUGUACUGUGUCCGCAGUCUCUGGUCAUCUCCUGUACUGUGUCCGCAGUCUCUGGUCAUCUCCUGUACUGUGUCCACAGUCUCUGGUCAUCUCCUGUACUGUGUCCGCAGUCUCUGGUCAUCUCCUGUACUGUGUCCGCAGUCUCUGGUCAUCCCUGCACUGUGUCCGCAGUCUCUGGUCAUCUCCUGUACUGUGGCCGCAGUCUCUGGUCAUCUCC